UCUUGCACACCAAGAGCUAGUUCAUCUUAACUUUUAUUUUUCUCCUCUCCUGUCUCUGCUUCUGUAGGAAUUAACAUGUAUAGAGUUGCAAGCCCAUCAGAGUUUCUGGUGAUCACCGGCGUCGGUAUCUCAGAUUUAAAGCUAGCAAAGAAAGCAUGGGUCCUCCCAGGCCAGUCGUGUACCGUCUUUGAUGUCUCGCCUGUCAAUUACACUUUUGAAGUCCAAGCCAUGAGCGCAGAGAAGCUCCCUUUCGUCCUCCCUGCUGUCUUCACCAUUGGUCCUCGUGUAGACGACGAACUCAGCCUUCUAAGAUAUGCAAAGCUCAUCUCUCCACAUGACAAGCUUUCUCACCAUGUCAAGGAGCUCGUCCAGGGAAUCAUCGAAGGAGAAACUAGAGUUCUUGCUGCUUCCAUGACCAUGGAAGAGAUCUUCAGAGGAACCAAAGAGUUUAAACAAGAAGUUUUUGAGAAAGUUCAGCUUGAACUUAACCAGUUUGGCUUGUUAAUCUACAACGCUAACGUUAAACAGCUUGUUGACGUCCCUGGCCACGAGUACUUCUCCUAUCUGGGUCAGAAGACUCAAAUGGAAGCUGCAAAUCAAGCUAAAGUUGAUGUAGCAGAAGCAAAAAUGAAAGGAGAGAUAGGAUCAAAAGAGAGUGAGGGACAAACACUGCAAAACGCAGCAAAAAUCGACGCAGAGACGAAGAUAAUAUCAACGCAGAGGCAAGGAGAAGGGAAGAAGGAGGAGAUAAAGGUGAAGACUCAGGUUAAGAUAUAUGAGAAUCAAAGAGAGGCGGAGGUGGCGGAGGCCAACGCAGAGUUGGCGAAGAAGAGGGCAGUAUGGACUAUGGAGGCAAAGGUGGCGGAAGUGGAAGCAACAAAAGCAGUUUCACUGAGGGAGGCUGAGCUGCAGAGGGAGGUGGAGCAAAUGAAUGCUUUGACCAUAACUGAGAAGCUAAAAGCAGAGUUCUUGAGCAAGGCUAGUGUGGAGUACGAGACCAAGGUGCAAGAAGCGAACUGGGAGCUCUACAAGAAACAGAAAGCAGCAGAAGCAAUCCUUUAUGAAAAGGAGAAAGAGGCAGAUGCACAAAAGGCAAUUGCAGAUGCUGCAUUUUACGCUCGUCAGCAAGUUGCCGAUGGAGAGUUAUAUGCUAAGCAGAAAGAAGCUGAAGGAAUGAUGGCUCUAGCCAAAGCACAAGGAGUGUAUCUACGAACUCUUCUGGAUGCAUUGGGGGGCAACUAUGCUGCCUUGAGGGAUUUCUUGAUGAUUAAUGGUGGAAUGUUUCAAGAAAUUGCUAAGCUUAAUGCUGAGGCUAUUCGGGGACUGCAGCCAAAGAUCAGCGUUUGGAGUAAUGGGAGUGGUGUAGAGAUCAAUGAAGGAGCUAUGAAGGAGGUUGCUGGGGUUUAUAGGAUGUUGCCUCCUUUGUUUAAGACUGUUCAGGAGCAGACUGGAAUGCUACCACCUCCAUGGAUGGGCACGUUAACCGACUCUAGCCAUCCCACUGUCGACUGAAUGAUGUUUUUUGCAUUCGGAUAUGCUUCUUCUGCUGUUGUAAAAAUUAUGCUGAACGAUUUUGAAAAAAUAAAUUAAUAUUGGAAUA